AUUUUUGGCAUAUCCGGGUGGUGAUUGUUACCGUGGUAGUGAAUAGUGAAGAGUUUUGAUUGUGUAAAAGAUGAGUAGAGGUCAGUUACCAGAUUCUUCUAGUUCACCGCCCAUUCACCACAUGCAAUACGGAUACAACACAGGCGACCUCUCGGAAGAUGAGGUGUCAGAUCUGCCAAGUUGCGCCUUCGCCUCCAGAUCAACGAACUCCAACCUUCAACAUCAUUACUUGACUUCACUACAUCACAAUCCUGAUUCAGGCCCCUGUGGUUCAACUGCAAGCAACUUGACUUCGGACUUCUACACUUCAUCCCCCUAUAGAGUCCAAAGACACGCGGCGAACAUUCGAGAAAGGAAACGCAUGCUGAGGUCUGCUAUUGGACCCACCGGCAGUAUAAACUCUGCUUUUGACGAGUUGAGAAUGCACGUGCCCACCUUCCCAUAUGAAAAGAGGCUAUCAAAAAUCGACACUUUGAGGCUGGCUAUAGCAUAUAUAGCUUUGUUAAGAGAGGUACUGACUGCGGACUGUGAUCCUUUGACCUAUGUGGAACGUUGUCUGAGAGGGGAAAUUAAAGCGGAUAGAGCCAACUGGAACACCAGUGAUUUGACUGCAAGAUUGUCUUGGAUAAACUGGGAAAAUUUGGGAGUGACGCCUGGAAGAAGAAGCGCCUUAACUUCUUUGGCCUUAAGCACUACAGAAAAUAAUUAAUAAGUAUGUUUAAGCGAUGUUUUAAUCUCUGUAUAUUUGUAUUUAAUAAUUGUCUAGGUUGGACGUGCAAUACUAGUUAUUGGCAUAUGUAUUUAUUUAGGUUUCAUCAAUUGUUUAUAAUAAAAUAUUGAUAAA